AUGGACGAAAAUACUCAACAGCCGACAGCAGUUGCAGCCCCGCCGCCCUACAAUCAACAACCGGUGGUGCUUGGUCUCACUCCUGGUCAACAACAACCGUGGCUACCAAAUCAAGAAUAUCCGGGUGCAACUACCACACAGCCGAUGUACUACAACAAUCCAGCACCGCCACAACCACCACAGAAUAUUGUUGUUAAUGUCCAGCAGCAGCAGCAACAACAACAGCAACAACUUGUCGUUGUCAAGUACAAACAAGUGAAUCACUGUUGUCAUUGCUGUUUGACUUUCUGGACGGGAGGAUUGUGGCUUCCUUGUUGGAUAUUGGGCUGCUGUGGCGUUGAGGCAUGCUAUUGUUAA